AUGGCUAGAGGAGAUGAUUCAUUGCAAUCAAUUGGUGUUCGUUUAGAUGGCAAAAAUUAUUCUUACUGGAGUUAUGUAAUGAAAAAUUUUUUGAAAGGAAAGAAGAUGUGGUGUUAUGUUUCUGGUACUUCUAAGAUUCCCAAAGUUGGAGAUGCUAAGUAUGAAGAAGCUCUGGAUGUGUGGGAUACAUGUAAUUCGAGAAUAAUUACUUGGAUUAAUAAUUCUGUUGAGAAUAGGAUUGGUGUGCAAUUAGCCAAGUAUGAUACUGCUAAGGAGGUUUGGGACUAUUUGGCGAAGCUUUAUGUGCGAUCUAAUUUUGAUGUCCAGUAUCAAUUGGAAUCUGAAAUCCGUGCUCUAGGGCAGAAUGAUAAGGGUGUUAUGGAUUUUUAUUCUGAGAUUACUGAUUUGUGGGAUCAGUUGGCCUUGACAGAAUCUGCUGAGUUGAAGGUUUUUGAACCUUAUAUUACUCGUAGAGAGGAACAACGUCUAGUUCAAUUAUUGAUGGCCCUACGUCCAGAGUUUGAGACUAUUCGUGCAUCGAUUUUGCAUCGCACUCCAUUGCCGUCUGUUGAUUCUGUUGUUAAUGAACUAUUGGUUGAAGGUUUUUGA